GAAGCGAAACUCGAAACUUGGAAGAGAAAGACUCCGGAGACCAGAACAUGGAGGGAGACUUCCAGGUGUGCAGGAACUGCAAAAGAAGCAUGGCCUCUGGCCACUUGGCCCUCCAUGAGGCCCACUGUCUGCUGUUCCUGGUCCUCUGCCCGGAGUGCAAGGAGCCCGUCCUGCAGGAGAAGAUGGAAGAGCACCGCCAGGGCGGGCACCAGCAGGUGGGGUGCGCGAUGUGUCAGCAGAGCCUGCCGAAGCACUUGCUGGAGAUUCACGAGGCCAAGAAAUGCCAGGAGCGCCCGGUUGUGUGCCAGUUCUGUGAGCUGUCCGUGCGCCUCAGCAAGGUGGACAUCCACAAGCGCCACUGUGGCCAGCGGAUGGAGCUCUGCCCUGACUGCGGCCAGCAUGUCACACUCCGCGCGCUGGCCCGGCACAGAGAUGAGUGUCGGGGUGAGCAGAGCCAGCUCGGGAAAGGGAAGAAAACUCCAGCUCCUGAAAGCCACAACUGCUGUCAUUAUUGCAAGCAAAUGAUCCCAAUAAAUAAGUAUUUCCACCAUAUGGAGAGGUGCCGUCCAAUCUCAGAUCCUGUGACUUAUUCUCCAGCUGGGAAACCGGAAGUUCCUCCUUCAUCCCUUUCAAGUCAGGCUGCUGAAGAUCAGACUUCCAUGGCAGAGAAAGACGUCCGUCCAAAGAAGAAAAAUAUAAACAGACUUGCCCUUCUUUCCAAAAAGUCAACAAGGCAAGCACCAAGAGGCACAAACAAAACCACGGAUCUGCCUUUGAUGUCUGAUGGCCAGCUCAGGGCCUCCUCUCCUGCAGAAGACAAGACAGACUAUGACAUUCUGAGGGGAUGCUCUCAGUGUGGCAUCCUACUUCCCCUGCCAACCCUAAACCAACACCAGGAGAAAUGCUGGUGGUUAGCCUCAUCAAAAGGAAAACAAGUGAAGGUCCAGCUAGCUUUGGAAAAGAAAAGCGAUGUUGGUUUACCCAAGAGCUACAGAUAAACCAGAAGAAAAAGGGCUCCAGCUCGUCUGCCUGAGAAUUCUGAUCAAGCAUGUAGGCCCCACACAGCCUGGACACCUUGGGGAACCCAGCUUUGUCCCCGAAGAAUAAAAAUGCCCU